ACCUCCAUGUUAAACGAAGGGAAAGGUAAUCGAAAUGUUUCAGAAAGCCCACGAUUGGAUGAUCAAUAAUCUGUCUUUCGAUCAUUUAUUAGAAUGAUAGUGUAAAGAUGUAAAUCAAAGUAGAAACGUUUCAUAAGCGUUCGCCUACUGACCUUGAAUCACUCUGGUGCCGUUCCGCAUUUCGAUCUAUGGCAAAGACGAAAUCACGAACCAGAGGCCCUGGUGACACACGUGAAUGACGACUAAGAGCAAUUGAACCGAUUGCUCAAAACCGAUUGAUCGAAACAACCAAACAUUUCAAGAUCAUUGAACAAUUAACGACUUACAAUGUUUUCGUCAGCAGUGAGGAGAGUUGUUCGACGUUCAUUUUCAACGUCAAAAUGGAGUGGCGCACAGCAGAUGACAGUUCGGGAUGCUCUAAAUUCAGCCCUGGAUGAAGAAAUGGAAAGAGAUGAAAAGGUAUUUUUGCUCGGUGAAGAAGUAGCAUUGUAUGAUGGAGCUUAUAAAGUAUCCAGGGGCCUCUGGAAAAAAUAUGGAGAUAAACGUGUUAUUGAUACUCCUAUUACUGAAGCAGGAUUUGCUGGUAUAGCUGUUGGAGCAGCUAUGGCUGGUUUACGUCCUGUGUGUGAAUUUAUGACAUUCAAUUUCUCUAUGCAAGCUAUUGAUCAAAUUAUCAAUUCUGCUGCAAAAACAUUUUACAUGUCUGCUGGGAGAGUAAAUGUACCAAUUGUUUUUCGUGGACCCAAUGGUGCAGCAGCUGGAGUAGCUGCACAACAUUCUCAAUGCUUUGGUGCUUGGUAUAGUCAUUGUCCUGGUUUAAAAGUAGUAUCACCUUACAAUAGUGAAGAUGCAAAAGGAUUGUUGAAAGCUGCCAUCCGAGAUCCAGAUCCAGUAGUUGUAUUAGAAAAUGAAAUAUUAUAUGGUGUUCAGUAUCCUAUGUCUGAUGAGGCUUUAUCAAAAGACUUCGUUUUACCAAUUGGUAAAGCAAAGAUUGAACGUGUUGGUAAACAUGUUACAUUAGUGGCACAUUCCAAAGCAGUUGAACAAGCUCUUGAAGCAGCAAAUGAGCUUGCAGGAAAAGGAAUAGAAGCAGAAGUAAUAAAUCUUAGAUCUUUAAGACCAUUAGAUAUAGACACCAUUGUGCAAUCAAUAGUAAAAACAAAUCAUUGUUUAACUGUGGAACAAGGCUGGCCACAUUGUGGCAUUGGAGCAGAGAUUAGUGCUAGAAUUUCAGAAAGUGAAGCAUUUUAUCAUCUCGACGCACCGGUAAUUCGCGUCACUGGUGUUGAUACGCCUAUGCCUUAUACCAAAUCAUUAGAAAUCGCGGCUUUGCCACAAAUGAGUGAUGUUGUGUUCGCAGUAAAUAAAGUACUAGGGUUGCAGUAAUUAUUUAUAUAAAUCUCUAGGUUUCAUGAGGUAGAAAGUAAGUACAAAGUUUAACAAUAAUAAAAUAAUUAAUAAAAAAUUGUUCUAUUGAUG